UAAUGUUUAUUGCAUAAUAGUUGUUUUGCUCUAGACUAAGAUUAUGGAACUGGAAACAGCUAGUGGUUUAGUCACUGACAAUUUUGAGGAGCUUCAUUAUCGAAACAAGAGGCUGGCAAUAUGCUGAGUUGAAUUCACACGUACAGUUCAGAUUAUAAAUUAUGGAUAAGUAUAUCACCAGAAAGAAGAAAGUCAAGAAACCUGCAGAGAUAGGAUUGGUUUCAGGUAGCCAACAUGAUCAUGAAGGAGAAAAGGAUGAAAAGAACCAACCUAUAUCUAAACGGUUGAGAAUUGAUAGCAAGACGGAAUCUUCAGAAAUAGAUCUGAGGAUACUCCAGCAUAUCCCACAAAAGAAAAAAAUAUUCCGCGAGAAUCUUGACUGUGAUUACUUGCAUCUGUAUUCAAAGAAAGAGGCAGAUAUUCUGUUCCAACGUUGCGAGGAGUCUCUAGAUUAUUUUACGGGUGAUCUUGCAAGGAUUAAAGUUUAUGGAAAGUGGCAUGAUAUUCCAAGAAAACAGGUAGCACAUGGUGAUACAGGUGUAACAUACAAAUAUUCUGGAGUGACUGUUCCAGCUAAACCAUGGAUACCACUGUUAAUAGAAAUUAGAGAUAGGAUUCAAGAGGUUACAGGGUUCAAAUUUAACUUUGUUCUCAUCAAUAGGUAUGCCGAUGGAAAUAACUACAUGGGUGAACAUCGGGAUGAUGAGAAAGACUUGGUUGCAACUAGUCCUAUAGCGUCCCUGUCUCUUGGACAGAACCGUGACUUCAUCUUCAGGCAUUGUGAGGCCCGAGGAUCUCAGGCCAAACGACAGAUACCACCAGUCAAGGUGGAGCUAGAACAUGGGAGUUUACUCAUGAUGAAUUAUCCUACUAAUGUUUACUGGUACCAUUCGCUGCCUGUCAGGAAGAAAGCUUUGAAUACUAGAGUUAAUAUGACAUUCAGAGAUAUUGUAACUGUCAAGAAGUGACUGAUGAGAAGACUUUUUGGGAAAUAGGUUGCAGCCAAAGUGAUUUUGUAUGUUUUUCUUCUUACCACUAAGAUUUCAUUGCCAAAUUAACAUCUUCUGUUACAAUGACAUAUUCAAAAAAUAUAAUCGAUCUUCCAUUCCAGUUUUGGUAGAUUGUUUUUCAAAAAAAUAAUGCUUGAUAUCACUAAGAAGAUUGUGUUUUGUAGCACAGUGUUCAUUCAGAAUAAGGUAGAAGACUAGUACCGGAGUUCACUUCGUCUUCAGAAACAAACAACAGACCUUACUGUUGGAAAGUGAAUAUCAAAAAGUGAUUUCUGACCCUAAACUAUUAGAUAAUAUGAUUAAUUUUGAAUUAUGAUGUU